AUGGGGAUUGAGCUGCUCUGCCUGUUCCUGCUACUUCUAGGAAGGAAUGAGCGCGUCCAAGGUGGUUGUGCCUGGGGCGGUGCAGAAACCUGCUCAGACUGCUUGCUCACGGGACCUCACUGUGCCUGGUGCUCCCAGGAGAAUUUUACUCACCUGUCUGGAGUUGGCGAAAGGUGUGAUACCCCAGCAAGUCUUUUGGCCAAAGGAUGUCAAUUACCCUUCAUCGAAAACCCUGUCUCCCAAGUAGAAAUACUUCAAAAUAAGCCUCUCAGCAUAGGCCGGCAGACAAAUAGCUCUGACAUUGUUCAGAUUGCUCCUCAAAGCUUGGUUCUUAAGUUGAGACCAGGCGGUGAGCAGACUCUACAAGUGCAGGUCCGCCAAACGGAAGAUUACCCGGUAGAUCUGUAUUACCUCAUGGACCUCUCGGCCUCCAUGGACGACGACCUCAACACAAUCAAAGAGCUGGGCUCCCGGCUUGCCAAAGAGAUGUCUAAAUUAACCAGCAACUUUAGACUGGGCUUUGGCUCUUUUGUGGAAAAGCCCGUUUCUCCCUUUAUGAAAACAACACCCGAGGAAAUCACCAACCCUUGCAGCAGUAUCCCCUAUUUCUGUUUACCUACGUUCGGAUUCAAGCACAUUUUACCACUGACUGAUGAUGCCGAGAGAUUCAAUGAAAUUGUGAGAAAACAGAAGAUUUCUGCUAAUAUUGACACACCUGAAGGUGGAUUUGAUGCAAUUAUGCAGGCUGCUGUGUGUAAGGAAAAGAUUGGCUGGCGCAAUGACUCGCUCCACCUCCUGGUUUUUGUGAGUGAUGCCGAUUCUCAUUUUGGAAUGGACAGCAAGCUGGCAGGCAUUGUCAUUCCCAAUGAUGGGCUCUGUCACUUGGACCACAGGAAUGAAUACUCCAUGUCAACUGUCUUGGAAUAUCCAACGAUUGGUCAACUCAUUGAUAAACUGGUACAAAACAACGUGCUACUGAUCUUUGCUGUAACCCAAGAACAAGUCCACUUGUAUGAGAAUUAUGCAAAACUCAUUCCUGGGGCGACCGUGGGAUUGCUUCAGAAAGACUCCGGAAACAUUCUCCAGCUGAUCAUCUCUGCUUAUGAAGAACUGCGGUCUGAGGUUGAACUGGAAGUAUUAGGAGACACAGAAGGACUCAGCCUGUCUUUUACAGCUAUCUGCAACAAUGGCAUCCUCUUCCCACACCAAAAGAAAUGCUCCCACAUGAAGGUUGGAGAUACAGCAUCCUUCAACGUGACUGUGAGCAUAUCCAACUGCGAGAAAAGCAGAACCCUUACCAUAAAACCUGUGGGGCUGGGGGACACCCUGGAAAUACUCGUCAGUGCAGAAUGUGACUGCGCCUGCCAGGGAGAAGUAGAAGCCAACAGUUCCAAGUGCCACCAUGGGAAUGGCUCCUUCCAGUGUGGGGUUUGUGUCUGCAAUCCCGGCCACAUGGGCCCUCACUGUGAGUGCGGCGAGGACAUAGUGAGCACAGAUUCCUGCAGGGAGUCCCCGGGGCAACCCUCGUGCAGCGGAAGGGGUGACUGCUACUGUGGGCAAUGCGUCUGCCACUUGUCCCCCUACGGGAGCAUCUACGGACCUUACUGCCAGUGUGACAACUUCUCCUGUCUGCGACACAAAGGCCUGCUCUGCGGAGAUAAUGGUGACUGUGACUGUGGUGAAUGCGUGUGCCGAGAAGGCUGGACCGGCGAGUACUGCAACUGUACAACCAGCAGGGACGCGUGUGCAUCUGAGGAUGGGGUGCUGUGCAGUGGGCGUGGGGACUGCAUCUGUGGCAAGUGUGUCUGCAGGAACCCUGGAGCCUCAGGACCCACCUGUGAACGCUGUCCUACCUGUGGUGACCCUUGUAACUCUAAACGGAGCUGCAUCGAAUGCUACCUGUCUGCAGACGGCCAGAACCGAGAACAGUGCAUGGAGAAGUGCAGAACUGCCGGCGCCACCAUCAGUGAGGAAGACUUUUCAAAGGAUACUUCUGUUCCCUGCUCUCUACAAGGAGAAAAUGAAUGUCUUAUUACAUUCCUAAUAACCACAGACAAUGAGGGCAAAACCAUCAUUCACAACAUCAACGAAAAAGACUGUCCCAAACCUCCAAACAUCCCCAUGAUCAUGUUGGGAGUAUCGCUGGCUAUCCUGCUGAUCGGAGUCGUCCUGCUGUGCAUUUGGAAGCUACUGGUAUCACUUCACGAUCGGAAAGAAGUUGCUAAAUUUGAAGCGGAACGCUCGAAGGCCAAGUGGCAAACGGGAACCAAUCCGCUGUACAGAGGCUCCACCAGCACUUUUAAGAACGUGACCUACAAACACAGGGAAAAGCACAAGGCAGGCCUUUCUGCAGACGGCUAGACAGACCUGCUUCGGCCAGAGAAAGUCAACCUCCCUGGCACCGAAGGUUCAUGCACUGUUUGCUCUGUCUUUCUCUGUUGCUCCCAAAGCAGGUGGACUGAAGAUAAUAAUGGGUCCUUUGGAGACCAGUCAUUCUCAGCAUGAAGGUGAGACCCUGUUGGCAGGUUCAAAAUCCUCAAGAGAAGAGUAUCCUAAGCAAAGAGCUGAAUCCAGGAUCACUCGAAGAAUAGGAACCCUGUUGCAUUGAUGCCUCAAAAAAAAAAAUCAUCAAAAUGAUUCGUGGGACUUGAUUUGCAAUGAAAAAUGCUCAGAAUUAGAAUCUCAUUUGCUCCCUGAAUCCAGCUACCUGAAGUCUUUGCCUCCACGAAGUCACGGAAUUCUUACACUUCUAUUAUAUACCCGCCCUGGCCGCUUUUUCUAAACUUGCAGAAAAUCUCCCAUUUCCUGAAGGAUUUGUUUGUUUGGUUGGUUGGUUUGGUUUUUGGUGUUUUGGGACAGGGUCUCUCUGGCUGUCUUGGAACUUAUCAGACUGGCCUUGAACUCACAGAGAUCUGCCUGCCUCUGCCUCUUGAGUGCUGGGAUUAAAGGUGUGCCAUAUCAUGUUGGCGAUUUUUGUUUUUAAUAUGAGAAAUGAGAUUCUGGUUUCCCACCACCAGAAAGAAUACAGUUCUUCCAGUAAUAUCCCGAGUGAAAGAUUGAAAAUUAAAUGUUAGUAAUUGCCUUAGAUUUGUACACACUUCAAGGCAUGAACACAAACAAGUGUUUGGUUUCAUAGAUGAGGAAGAAGUAUCUUAUAAAUUAUGUUGCUAGUAAAACUGAAGAUGUGGGUCUUGUAGACUGAAUUUCCCUGUUGUCCCUAAGUUGCCCUCCUGUUCUCCCAUAUUUCUUCAUUUUAUUUCACUGUUUCACGGUCUUCAAAACUCCACACUUGUCAUAUGAAAGUGUCCAUUUAAAAAUAACUGUAAGUUGUUAGCUUGUCAAAAAGAGUUUCAGGAAUAGAAAAAGGAAUCUAGGGUAAUAGAAUAAAAGGUCACAUGGCUUUACAUUCAGGGUGUCCCUCAUGGAGUCUGGGCUUCCCGCAUGAUGUUGCUACCCCAUCUGCACCACCCAGCAUUCACAACCCAGCUUCAUGGGGUAGAUAUGUCACCCACUUGCUCUAAAAGGUAAAACCACGUACAAAAUCUACACUGGCAAUCAGUGAUCUAGCAGCGGAUUGGAGAGAAAGUCUCUGGAGAAUUUCUCAUGGUUACUGCUGCACUACAAAGCACUUUGCUCUCACUGGAUCUCCACAGAGAAGCUGAGAGGCUAGGCAGAAGAGCUGGGGACGGACAGACGGACUCUCCAUCUUCUAACUCCAAGCCUUGGCUCUCUCUCUCUUGCAUGAGACUUUUGUCAGUAAAAUGAUAGAAGGAUUGUGUUAGUUACGGCAUAACUAUCUCAGUUUGAAAGUGUGCUGACGGGGAACAAAUAGCGCAGGGGUCCCUGGGAUAUGGCUGGAUUUUCAUGCAGUGUGUAUUGCCUUGACUGGGUUGUCGUGGGAAGCCCUUCACUGGGUGAACGCCUUCGUAUUAGUGGAGGCGUCACAGUUGUCCACUGAAUCGUCAUCUUAGUCUCAGGGCUCCUUCACUCCUCCCAGAUACAUCUGUGAACGUUUUGAUUGUCUAGAGUCUAUCCUUUCUGGUUUCUAAAUAACUCGGGUGAAUCAGGGAGGACACGGCUAAACUUAAAAGAAAAGUCCUAAUAUCUCCUUGGAUCCCUGAAUGGUCCAAGACAACGGAGUCUGGAGCACCCUGCAGAUGCUCUCCCAGUAGUCUGGCAAUACUGCCACCACUACACAGGGCUGUCUGUGCUAUUUUUGUGUUAUUGCUGAAACGGGAUUUUAGAAAAUAGAAGUUUCUUUCAUAUGUGUAUUAGGAAGAAUUUAUUCUUUCUCUAAAUACUGUUUUGACCCAAGGCAGGACCUUGAAAAGGCCAAAACAUUAACAGUAGUGCUUCUGUUCACUGAAGAGUUAU